CCGGAUAAGUAUUGUCGUAGUGCCGGCCUUUCGCUGAUCACACACCAUGUGGCGUUGCAGCGGUCAAGUACCUGUCGCGUUACGGUGGCUGAGCUGCCGCGGUGCCCACGGCAGAGCAUGGAGGUGGGCAAGCACCAAAGCGUGUGAGAGGGCGCUGCAGCACAGGGUCGGAGAGAAGAUCCACGGGUUCACCGUGAGCCAGGUAACAUCUGUCCCUGAACUGUUCCUGACCGCCGUGAAGCUCAGCCAUGACAGCACAGGAGCAAAAUAUUUGCACCUGGCCCGAGAAGACACGAAUAACCUGUUCAGCGUGCAGUUUCGCACCACCCCCAUGGACAGCACUGGGGUCCCGCACGUUCUCGAGCACACGGUCCUGUGUGGCUCACAGAAAUACCCAUGCAGAGACCCCUUCUUCAAAAUGUUGAACAGGUCACUGUCCACCUUUAUGAACGCCUUCACAGCUAGUGACUAUACUAUGUACCCGUUUUCCACUCAAAACCCCAAGGACUUCCAGAAUCUCCUCUCUGUGUAUUUGGAUGCGGCCUUUUUCCCGUGCUUGCGAGAACUUGAUUUCUGGCAGGAGGGCUGGCGACUGGAGCACGAGAAUCCCCGUGACCCGCAGACAGCGUUGGUCUUCAAAGGGGUUGUCUUCAAUGAGAUGAAGGGAGCAUUUACAGACAAUGAGAGGAUAUACGCACAGCACCUUCAGAACCGACUCCUUCCUGACCACACGUAUGCAGUGAUCUCUGGUGGUGAUCCAUUGUGCAUCCCAGACCUCACGUGGGAGCAGCUGAAACAGUUCCAUGCUACACAUUAUCACCCCAGCAAUGCCAGGUUCUUCACUUACGGCAAUUUUCCACUAGAACAGCAUCUGAAACAAAUUCAAGAAGAAGCUCUAAGUAAAUUUCAGAAAAUUGAGCCAAGCACCGCAGUGCCGGCUCAGAAGCCUUGGGAUAAGCCGAGGGAGUUUCAGAUCACCUGCGCCCCCGACUCACUGGCCGCAAACGCCUCUAAACAAACGACCGUCAGUGUCAGCUUCCUCUUACCAGACAUCACUGACACGUUUGAAGCCUUCACAUUAAACCUUCUGUCUUCACUCUUGAUCGGCGGGCCCAACUCCCCCUUCUACAAAGCCCUGAUUGAAUCUGGACUCGGCACAGACUUUUCUCCGGACGUUGGAUACAAUGGCUAUACGAGGGAGGCCUACUUCAGUGUGGGCCUGCAGGGCAUCGCAGAGAAGGACAUUCAGACAGUCCGAGACAUCGUCGACAGGACGAUUGACGACGUCAUCACGAAAGGAUUUGAAGAUGAUCGAAUUGAAGCUUUACUUCAUAAAAUUGAAAUACAAAUGAAGCAUCAGUCUGUCAGCUUUGGACUCGCCCUGACAUCUUACAUAGCUUCCUGCUGGAAUCACGACGGGGACCCCGUGGAACUCCUGAAGCUAGGAAGUCAGGUGGCUCGGUUCAGGCAGUGCCUUAAGGAAAAUCCACAGUUUUUGCAAGAAAAAGUACAACAGUAUUUUAAGAAUAAUCAGCAUAAGUUGACUUUGUCAAUGAAACCAGAUGACAGGUACUCCGAGAAACAAGCACAAAUGGAAAAUGAGAAGCUGAGGCAGAAGGUCAGCGCUCUCUCCCCAGAGGACAAGCAGCAGAUCUACGACAAAGGUUUGGAAUUACAGACUCAGCAAAGCAAAGCUCAGGAUGCGUCUUGUCUGCCGGCGCUGAAGGUGUCAGACAUUGAGCCCAGAAUUCCAUUCACUGAGCUGACGGUGGCUCUGGCAGCUGGAGACGUCCCCGUCCAGUACAGCGCCCAGCCCACCAACGGCACCGUCUACUUCAGAGCCUUCUGCAGCCUGAACUCCCUGCCCGAGGAGCUGCGGCCCUACGUGCCGCUGUUCUGCAGCGUCCUCACCAAGCUGGGCUGCGGCGCCCUCGACUACAGGGAGCAGGCUCAGCAGAUAGAGCUGAAAACGGGCGGGAUGAGCGUGUCUCCCCACGUGCUCCCGGACGACUCGCAUCUGGACACCUACGAACAGGGUGUGCUUUUUUCAUCUUUCUGCCUGGACAGAAACCUACCAGACAUGAUGCACCUGUGGAGUGAGAUAUUUAACAGCCCCUGCUUUGAAGAAGAAGAACACUUCAGAGUGUUGGUUAAGAUGACCGCUCAAGAGCUGUCCAACGGAGUCCCGGACUCGGGGCACCUCUACGCAUCCAUCAGAGCGAGCAGGACGCUGACGCCCGCGGGAGACCUGCAGGAGACCUUCAGUGGGAUGGAGCAGGUGAGGCUGAUGAAGAGAAUCGCAGAAAUGACAGACAUCAGACCCAUCCUGAGAAAGCUGCCACGCAUCAAGAAGUAUUUGUUAAACUGCGACAAUAUGAGGUGUGCAGUGAACGCGACCCCGCAGCAGCUGUUUCAGACAGAACGAGCCGUGGGGGACUUCCUGAGAAGCCUCGGGCGAAGUAAGAAGGAGCGGAAGCCGGUGCGCCCACACGUGGUGGAGAAACCUGUGCCUAACGGAUCUGGGGGAAACCCACACGUUAGUGGCUCCCAAGUCAUCAGGAAGCUGAUCACGGAGCCCACGUUCAAGCCCUGCCAGGUGAAGACGCACUUCCUGCUCCCGUUCCCCGUGAACUACGUCAGUGAGUGUGUCAGGACUGCCCCCUACACCGACCCCGACCACGCCAGUCUUAAGAUCCUGGCACGUUUGAUGACUGCUAAGUUCUUGCACACAGAAAUCCGAGAAAAAGGUGGUGCUUAUGGUGGCGGCGCCAAGCUCAGCCGUAAUGGAAUAUUCACUUUUUAUUCAUAUAGGGAUCCACACUCAACAGAAACGCUCCAGUCGUUUGCGAAGGCCAUCGAGUGGGCUAAGUCAGGGAGUUUCUCACAGCAGGACAUUGAUGAGGCCAAGCUGUCCGUGUUCUCUGCCGUGGACGCUCCCCUGGCUCCUUCGGACAAAGGGCUGGACCACUUCCUGUACGGCCUCUCGGAUGAGCUGAAGCAGGCGCACAGGGAGCAGCUCUUCGCUGUCCACCGUGAAGGUCUCAUUGACGUGAGCAACAAGUACCUCAGCGUCGGGAGGAGCACUCACGGGCUGGCUCUGCUGGGACCAGAGAACUCCAAAGUCGCCAAGGACCCGUCCUGGAUCGUCAGAUGACGAGCAGCUCCGCUGCACUCGGGCACUUGGCAAACGCAGGCUCGCGGGCCCCUAAGCAGUAAGCCGGAGCCAAAUUUAAUUUGAAAGGUUAGAGCAGUGAUAGUUUUUUCCAAGUAUCUUGAUCAUUUAUCAUCCUUAAAGUUUGCCAAAGGCACGUACUUGCCUGGCAAGUGAGACUCAAACUCUCCUGUCUUAAAGAAGGAAAUGGGCAAAUCAUGAAGAAAUUGCAUAAUUAUGCAUUAAGUGCCAGAGAUGAACAUAUUAUUAAGACUUUCUAAUGAUGGUAGAAAUGCUUAUUUUACCUUAUUAACCCUAAAAUAUUUAUUUAAAUGUUUAAAAAUAAAAGGCAACUCUGA